UAAUUUGUCUAAUUAUACUGUUGUUUACAAAAAAUAAUUAUUAUUUUAAUUAAAAUAUAAUUUUGAAAAUAUUGGAUCCACGUUUAUCAAAUUUCCCGCGAACACUACCCUAUAUGAGAGGAGACCAAAGAGAAUAUAAUUAUACUUCGAUGUACACUAGAUAGGUUAUUAGAUAUCUGUGAUUCAAUAUUCACCUAGAGACCUUUGGCUUAAAGGUCUCGUUACCAGGCCAUAAAAUUAUUAUAAAAAAAAACCUAGAGACCUAUGUUAACAUAACAUUGUUGUUUGUUUUGCUUUUGCUCAAAAGUUGGAAUUUCGAUACUUAUGUUCAAUUUAUAAAAACAUUCGUUAUUAAUACUUUCGAAAAAAAUGUCAGAAAUAAAAAAUGCAAACGAGAGUGUUGAGACACAAAAAAGUUGCCCGUUGAAUUUACCGCCUGUUGUUGACGAGGGCGAAAUUAAAACUAACAAUAAACUUAAGGAUCGAUUAAGAAAAUACAUUAAGAAGUUAGACAAGUCAGGAACAAGCAUAACCAAGGAAGAGAGUGACAAAAUUGAAGUUGAAACCUUCAAACAACUAUAUAAACCAAAAUUUGAUGGUAUUGAAGAAACUUAUAAAAAAGUUCCAAAAUUUUACUUUAAACUUCCUCGAUCUGAUGAUAUGUUAUCACAGAAGUUAAGAGAGGAGACCCGAGCUCAGUUUCUUCAGAAGAAAAGUAAAGAGUUACUUGACAAUGGGGAAUUGAAACAUUUAUGGAGUUUGCUCGAGAAAUCAAAUGGUAGUUACAGUAUGUCAAAUAGUGAUGAGCUGACAAUUGAUUAUGUACAGUAUAGAAAAAUAAGGGAUGAGGCAGGGCCUAAAUAUAGGCCCUACUUUACAGCCGAGGUAUUUGGCCGUCUUCAAGCAGCAGAAGGUGGUAUAGGAUGGGUUAGAGGUGUGUCCCUGUUCAACUAUGUCAUGAGACGUGUUUGGUUACAGCAGACUCGAAUAGGACUAUCUUUGUAUGAUGUCACUGGACAGGGAUAUCUCACUGAACAUGAUCUAGAGAGUUAUAUAGCUGAAUUAGUACCAUCUCUAGCAGCACUAGAUGGUCUAGACUCAUCAUUCACAUCAUUCUAUGUAUGCACAGCGGCAAGGAAGUUUCUCUUCUUUUUGGACCCACUACGAGUUGGAAGAGUAAGGAUACGAGAUGUGCUUUCUUGCUCUUUUCUUGAUGAUUUGCUAGAGUUAAGAGAAGAAGACCUACCAAUGGAGCUCCAGGAACAAAACUGGUUCAGCGCAGCAUCAGCACUCCGUGUGUAUGGACAAUAUCUCAAUCUGGAUAGAGAUCAUAAUGGGAUGUUGAGUAUUAAUGAACUGGCAGGCUACGGUUCAGGAACCUUGACUCGAGCCUUCCUUCAACGAGUUUUCCAGCAGUGCCUCACCUAUGAUGGGGAGAUAGACUACAAGACUUAUCUAGAUCUAGUACUGGCUCUGGAGAACAGACGUCAGCCGGCAGCCCUAGCAUACCUGUUUAGAGUUCUAGACAUCAAUUCUCAGGGAUAUCUCGAUGCGUUUACCUUGAAUUAUUUCUUUAAGGCGAUUCAAGAGCAAAUGAUAGCCCAUGGCGCGGAACCUGUAAAUUUCGAUGAUGUGAAAGACGAAAUCUUUGACAUGAUCAGACCAGAGCAUCCAUCCAGAAUAACUCUGCAAGAUUUAGUUAGAAGUGGUCAAGGGCACACGGCCGUGUCCAUACUGCUGGAACUUCACGGUUUCUGGGCUUACGAGAACCGGGAAGCUUUAGCGGCCGCAGGAGACCAUUCCUGACAGGGUCCUAUUGAGCCGAAAAUGAUGGAGAUUUUGAAAAAGAAUGCUGGAAAUUUAGCGUCUACUGCAGCAUUUGAUGGAUAAAUUUAUUUUAGUAAAUUUAACUGUGUAAGAGGCGUGAAAUGCGCCAUAUAUGUCCUAUCUGAGGGAAUAUUAAACUGAUCAGAAUUUAAAAUCAGUGCUACAGUCCCACUCUUCAUUUCUGAAGGUCAUGUUAAUGGCUCUGCACAACUUCCUCCUCUCACCCCUGUCUUCAGCAAGGCUCUGCGCCUGGAUGAUGGUAAGACCCGUAAUGCCAUUUACUUGAUCGGUCCAGCGAGUAGGGGAGCUGCCUCGAGGCCAGUCUGCCAGUCAGGAUGAGUUUUUCUAAGCUAUCUGGAUCUCAUUGUAUUGUCUCAGUUGAUGGUUUCCACCAUCUUUCAGGGAGUGUUCAAGUAACACACUUAUUUUACUAGAACAAUUGUUCAAUUUAUCUUCUAAUUUAUCUAUCGUGAGUCUUGGCCUCAGUCACGAGAAAACGUUACAUAUGCAGACCGUGCGCUAGCGCUUCAAAUCGGCCACUUGGAGCACAUCCAAUACCGCUAUCGUCUUUUGAAUGCAAUAUCGAUGUAAUUGAAUCACAAUUGCAAAAGUUAGUGUGAGUUACAGAGCUGGAAAAGACGACAAUGAAUUACGCAUAAAUGACGUAAAUUGUUAGCAUUUUUUAUCUGAUGUAUUAAAAAGGUACACACGUAUUUAUGAAACGAAAUUUCUGUCAUAAAAACGUAAUAUGAUUAUAAAAUUUCAAAACGUCCUAAACCAUAUGUAAACAAUACACUUCCUUAUGUUCAUACAAUAAAGUUAUUGACGAGUGUU